CUCUCGGCGUCUUCCGAGCAGUGGAUGGUUUUGUGUUGCGUGUUUACCGCUUUGCUUUUUUCCGGCGGCUGUUUCGGAAGAAUUAAAUGAUACCACCGGUGAUUAGUGCUUUCUUCCUCGGUGCUCCUCGGUCUAUCGCGGGAUCACACGCGAUUACGAUUGCGAUCUGUGUGUUUAAAACUUUCCUCGCUCUCGUCUAUUGUUGUUACAGUUGUGCGUCGAAACUGUGUUUGGUGGUGCGUUUUGCCAGCCCUCCCGGGCUUCCGGUGAUCGUGUGUGUGUUCAUUCAAGUGAUGAGUGAAUUUUCCGCCUUUUGAUCGAAUGACAAUGUGAAGGUUGUAAAAUGGUGAAUUCAAUGAGGGCACUUAGUUUCGUUGUGAAGUCGGAUGUUACAACCGAAAAAAUCAGCCGUGUUUGACCGAAUGAAUGGAAAUAAAAGUAUUUGAAAUUACGGUGUUACUGUGAAUUAGUGUUGAAAGCUGUUUGAUCAAGUGAAAAGUGACGAAUACUUUGCAAAGCAAAAUUUAUUUGUGGCACGAGAUGGCGAGUUUCAAAUUGGAUUAAACGUUGCAUCUGUAAUUGGAUUCCAAAUACUGAUUUUGACAGUCAUCAAAUCUGUGUUCCGUCCUUGUUAAUGUUUGGCCUGAAAUUCUGUCUUCCACAUGGGUGUGAUAUCUCUGGGAAUGGCCAUAGUGAAUUAAGACUAGGUGAAAGAAUUCCUGCAAUAUAAUCCGCUUGGCAGCAUCAUGCACCGAACCCAAAGGAAAUAAUUUCACUCCGACCGGCGGCCGGCUUGGGCGCGAAUCACAAUGUCAGCUGCCAACCACGAACCGUGGGAGAACGAAUCACACCACCAAGACAGCGGCCGUUUGGACCGGCGGGAAACUGUGACUGAUCGUUACAAAUUUUCCAUAGCUCCUACGGCUACGGUUUAAUUUCAGCGAAACGUGAACGAUAAAUUCCAUUUCGAUUCCAACCAACCGGUGCACGAGGCUUUCUGCCAACAUCAACAUCACAAUGUUCGACGACAUCAAGAUGUGCCUGUUGGAUCUGAUCAAGACCAGCGGGUCAAAGUCCAAGAAGUCCCUGAAAGACAUGUCGGCGGGUUAUUCGACCGAUUUCAUGAAAAAGUACAACGACAUUAACAUCAUUCACUUCAACGAGAACAUGUCCAUGGUGAAUAAGCUGGAAAACGUGCGAUUUUCACCUUCGAACUACACGAACCUGUUCAAGACGAACCCACUGCUGGAGGGCAAAAGGAACCGGUCGUUCCGAGAAUGGGGCGUGGAAAGUGCCAGUUUCGAGUUCUCGUCCGAUGAUCGCGACACGCUGACGCUGACGAGCUGCUCGCACUGUUCGGGGUCCGAUGAAAAGUACCACCUGUUGAAGUCGUCGGCCGUUUCGCAGCCGAGCGACACCGGCGUCGGUGUUCAUCGUGACGACAUCGAUGAAGACGAAGACGACGACGACGGGAUAAUCAUGAACCACUACAGUCUGGAGGAGUGUUUGGCGGGUGGUUUGGUGUCGCAGCUGGAUUCAUUCUGUACGCUUUGCACCUCUUCGUUCAGUUUCAGCAACUGCAAUAACUGCGAGAAAUCCGGCUGCGGGUCCAAGUGUAGUACCAGCGAUAGCAGCACGAUCGGAGAGACGACCGAGCUUGGCGAGUGUGUUUGUCUGCAGAAACCGCACGGGUAA